CUACGAGAACGAGUACAAGUACGAGUACGAUACUCGUAUCCACCAUCCACCUCUCGGAGAGCCCGGGAUCAUUCCUCGUUGACACCGCGUCGCAAUGUGUUAAGCUUCGGUGCCAGAGAACACGGAAACACACCACACCAACACACCACUCGAUCACAAAGACUGACCACAACCAUGCCACGGCAAGCAUCGCCGUCACCGGAGCGUCCUCCGGAACGACCGCAAGGAAUAAAGAGCGACGACGAACUUUUCGGGUUCACGACUGAAAGCGAGAACGAGAACAACAAUGGCAGCAACGAUGGCAGCAGCGGUGGCAGCAACGAUGGCAGCCCCGGCGCGGUUGUCACCUCCGAUUCCAUCGAGAUCGACGAGGUGGAAAAGAAGGACGACAUCUACGAACACUCCAAUUACGUCUACAUCCUCGACCCCGAGCACAGCUGGAUCCCGGCCAAGGUGAAGGACCGAAACCAGACGGCGUCGGGGUCGUCCUCGGCGUCCAGCCUGACCAUUUCCGUCCCGCAGUACAAGAACGAGCAGGCCAUCCGGUGCGACGGUGGCAGAACGGCGUCGCACGGCUACAAAACGAAGACGAUAGACUUUUCCACGGCCGAGAACCAGGAGAGGUAUCCGAACCUGCACCUGCCCCUACAGAACGUGAACAGCGAGGGCGAGCUCCAGGUCGUCGAGGACAUGGUCGACCUUCCCUUUCUGCACGAGGCCGCCAUCCUCUACAACCUCAAGGCCCGGCACGUCGAGUCGCUGCCCUACACCAGGACGGGGGACAUCAUCCUGGCGUGCAAUCCCUACAAGUGGAUCCACCGCUUGUACUCGGACGAGGAGCGCAGCAAGUACUCGCAGGCCCUGGUGUGGAACCGGAGGGCCGGGGCGCCGGUCCCGUCCUCUCCCCGGGCGGACGCGCAGCCCCUCUCGCUUUCGGCCUCGGGCUCGAACGUCUCGGAAAUGUCCUCGCAGUCGCAGCGGCAGCCCUCGGCGGCCAGCGAUCCCCGGUCGCUGCUCCCGCCCCACGUCUACGAAACGAGCUGCCUGGCCUACACGGGACUCGUCAAGGACCAGGAAAACCAGUCGAUCCUGGUCUCGGGGGAGUCCGGAGCGGGGAAAACCGAGACCGUCAAGAUCCUCAUGCACGAUCUCGCCAGCAUCCAGGAGGAACGAAUCGCCAUCUCCUCGUCCUCGUCCUCGACGCCCACCAAGUCGAGGGCGAACCCAAUGGCGGCGCAGGACAACAACGAAAUCGUGCAGCGCGUGGUCGACUCCAACCCCCUUCUGGAAGCCUUUGGCAAUGCCACGACGCUGCGAAACGACAACUCGUCCCGGUUCGGAAAGUACCUGCAGCUACAGUACGACGUCUCGUCGCCGCUGGACGACCUUCACGGGGGAUCCUCCGCCACGGCGGGCAUCGGAUCCGGGAUCCUGGCCGGGAGCAAGUGCGAGGUCUACCUGCUAGAAAAGUCCCGCGUCACGCACCACCACGAUUCCGAGCGGACCUACCACAUCUUUUACCAGCUCCUGGCGGCCCCGGAAGAACUCAAGAUCGCCAUCUGGGACGGCCUCGAGAACACGGACUCGGAAUCCUUUUGCUACGUGGGAGAGACCGACAUCGACGUCAUCGAGGGCAAGACGGACGCCGAGCGAUUCCAGCUCACCCUGCAAGCCCUCGAGCUGAUCGGGGUCCGGGGCGAAAUCCUACAGAUGCUGCUGCGGGCCAUCUGCGUCGUCCUCCAGCUGGGAAACAUCGAGUUUGCCCCGGCCCAGCCGGAAUCCGCUUCCGGAAUGAUGGCACUCGGCAUCCACCACAAACCCGGAGCCGUCUCCGGCGACGACGGGAACCACGACGCCAGCGAGAUCUGCAGCCUCGAGGAGCUCCAGGAACUCAGCGAGCUGAUGGGGAUGGACGACCUCGACCCAUCGACCAGGGUGUCCGCCGCCCUGCGAAAGGCCCUCACGGUUCGGAACGUCGAGGCGCGCUCCGAAGUCUUUGCCGUCCCCCUGACGCCCGCCAAGGCGAAGGAAUCGGCCGACGCCUUUGCCAAGGAGAUCUACGCGAAAACCUUUCUCUGGCUGGUCCGAACCAUCAACGACGCCACCUGCGCCGAAAAGAACUACGGCGUGGGCCCGGACGGCACGAAAACAAAGGGCUUCUCGGCCCCCUCGGAGUUUGGAAUCAUCGGCCUGCUGGACAUUUUUGGCUUUGAAACCUUCGAGGUGAACCGGUUCGAGCAGCUCUGCAUCAACUACUGCAACGAAAAACUGCAGCAGAAAUUCACGCAGGACAUUUUCCGCAGCGUCCAGGUGGAAUACGAGCAGGAGGGCAUCGAGCUCGAGGAAAUCACCUACGACGACAACACGGACGUCCUGGACCUGGUCGAGGGACGGAUGGGACUCCUGGCCUUUCUCAACGAGGAGUGCGUCCGGCCCAAGGGAUCCGACAAGACCUUUGUGUACAAGGCGCAGACCAUGAACAAGGACAACCGGUGUUUCUUCCGCGACAAGCAGGCCGACGACACCGAGUUCGGAAUCCACCACUACGCUGGACGGGUCUUGUACGACGCCACCAAUUUUGUCAAGAAAAACACCGAUACGCUGCCCAGCGAUUUGCUCAACUGCGCCAAGCUCUCCAGCAACGCCAUCAUUGCCAACGAGCUCAACAACGAGGAAAUGAUGAACCCGCUGCACAAGUCGGGAGCCCUCGCGGCGGGUAGCGGUGCCACCAAGAAGAAAAAACGGCCCAAGGCUGCCGCCGCGAGGGGCCCGCCCGGUCGACAGCUCAAGCGGCGGACCUCGAACAUCGUCGCCGAGACGGUCUGGACCAAGUUCAAGAACCAGCUCUCGAGGCUCAUGGACACCCUCGGCGAGACCAAGACGCGCUACAUUCGCUGCAUCAAGCCCAACACGCUCAAGGCACCAUUGAUCAUGGAGCACGCCAGCACGGUGGAGCAGCUCCGGUGCGCCGGGGUGGUGGCGGCCGUCACGAUCUCGCGGUCGGCCUUUCCCAAUCGGCUGGAACACAUCUCCAUCCUGGACCGCUUCAAGUCGCUCUGGCCCAAGGGCGACCACAUCGCCGUCCUGCAGAACGACAACCUGGACAUGGACGAGCGGUGCAAGAAGGCGACCGACAUCCUGCUGACCCUGGCACUGAAGGAAAUGGAGUUCGAAAAGAACGGAUCCCGGUUCCGGGCCUUUGUCAUGGGAAAGACCCGGGCGUACUUCCGGGCCGGGGCCCUCGAGUUUUUGGAAGCGGAGCGCAUGAAACACCUCGGAUCCUACGCGGUCACGAUGCAAACGGCCAUCCGCGGCUUCACGAUCUGGUCCAUGUACCAGCGGUACCGCGUGGCCCUCGUGGCCCUGCAGGCAAACUACCGCCGGAUGCUCCGGCGGAGGAUCUAUCUGCGGUGGCGCAAUGCCGCGGUGCGGGUCGAGUGCUGGUACCGGGUGGUCUUUGCGAGCCGCAGGGUCUAUCACCUACGGCGCUGCAUGAAGGCCAUCAUGAUCCAGACGCAGUGGCGAAUGCUCCGCGACCGGAGGAUACUCCGCGAGGCGGUCGGUGCGACGGUGGUCAUCCAGUGCAUGGUGCGGGGCUGCCUCCAGCGGCCCAAGUACAAGCAGGCCCUCUUCGAGAAGAAGGAGGAGGCCAAGCUCGAAAACCAGCUCCAUGCCCUGCAGCGAAAACUGGAGGAAGCCGAGGCCAAGAGGCUGGCGGCCGAGAAAGAGGCGGAGGGAAGGAUGGCGGCCGCCAUGGAGGAAUUCAAGGAAAAAGAGGCGGCAAGGCUCGCGGAGGACGCCGCCUCGGUGGCGCUGGCGGAAUCCGAGGCGAAGCAGGCCGCGGAAGACUCCUUCGAAACCGCGGGGGAGGAGGAUCACGCCCAGGCCCUGACCGCCGAGCAGCAGCACCUCAUGGACGAGAGCGGAAAGAUGCUCGAGCACCUGCGCAAGGAGGUCUUCCGGCUGCGCGGCCAGAACCAGCAGCUCAAGACCGACUUUGACCUCCUCAAGGACAACAACCAGCGCCUCAUGGACGCCAACGCGUCGGCCGGGGCCUCCUUUGCCGCCCUAAACCAGCACGCCAAGCAGCUCAGCAAGCAAAACACCAAGCUGGCCGGCGAGGUCCAGACCUACAAGACCCAGGUGCACAAGCUCAACCUGCUGCAGGCCGAGGCCAGGGAGGAGCUGAGGCUCAAGUCGGCGACCUACGUCGCAGAGGUCCAGUCCAGGCUCCAGUACCAGAAGGCCCUCCAGAACAUCACGGACAUUAUCCAGGAGAAAUGCCGGGACCACCGGCUGGUCGAGAGCAUACUGACCAUCGCCGACGAGGUGGACAUGGACUUUAUUCCGGGCUCGCACGAGCUUCCCAUCGAUCCGAACGAGACGGAUUCCGAAGGCAUGGACGACACCGGAAACGAUUCCCGGGGGGGCCUCCUGGGCUACUUCUUUUCGUAGUAGCCGGCUACGAUUACGGAGCAAAAGACAAAGCGCAAGCAAACCGCGUUUUGCCGGUAGAAUCGAAUUCCUGUUGGCUUCCAGAGAACACCUUUUUGAUACCCGGCAUCACCGCUUUAACACUUACUAGUAGGGGACUUCUAUUUCACAAGCAGUAGCACACAGACGCAAAACUUGUCUACUUUUUACUGUAUGUUGUAAAAAAUAAACAUCAAAAAUCCCC